AUGAAGAGUAUCGAUGGCACUGGCCCAUGUUUGAUCGUCAUCGAAACAGCCUCUGGACGAGUGUUCGGAGCGUUCGCAAGUCAAGGUUUCAGAUGUGGACCGACGCAUACUGGUGAUAAUCGCUGCUUCUUGUUCGAAGACAAAAGAAAAUUGCAAAUUCAUAAUGCAACUGGUUACAACAGCAAUUUUGGCUACCUGAAUUCGCAUCAGCUCACAAUGCCAAAUGGAAUCGCUGCCCCUUAUACAAAAGUCUUGGAAAAUAAGCCGCGAAUUAGCGAAGGAAAUAAAUUCUUGGAUGUCUUUGAUGUGUACACGGCCACUACAAUGAUUGGCAAUGGGAAAAGUCAGACAUAA